AUGUAUUAUUUCUUUUCUAUUUCUUCCUUUCUUUUUUCUUUUUCUUUCUUUGUUUUUUUUAAUUUCCUCUCCCCCCACAUCUCUCUCUCUCUCUCUCUCUCUCUCUCUCUCUCUCUCUCUCUCUCUUUUAGUUUUCAUUCUGGGUUUCUCUCUCUCUGUCAUUUUUUUUUCGUCGUCUGCUUUUUUCCAUCUUUCAUUCUAGUUUUUUUUCUUUCAUUUCACUCACUUCGUUUACAAAUUUUUCUUCUUUACUUUUUUUUUUCAUUUUUUCUUCUCUUUUAUUCGGUUCUUUUAUUCUUAUUUUUUAUUCUUAAAGUUUUCUCUUUAUUUCUUCUUUUGUUUAUUUUAAUUUUAUUCUCCUCCACCUCUCUCUCUCUCUCUCUCUCUCUCUCUCUCUCUCCCCGUUUCAAUUCUAAUUCUUCUUUCUUUUUUCGUUUUUUCUCUUUUUUCUUCUUUCUUUGUUUAUUUUUUAUUUUCUCUCUUUCUCUCUCUUUUCUCCCCUUUUUUUUUUCAAAUUUUUAUUUUAUUUAUCUCUCUUUUCUCUUCCCUUUCCUUUUUUCUUCUUUAUUUUUGGCGUUAUUUUUUCUCUCUCUCUGUCUGUCUGUUAUCUGUCUGUCUCUCUCUCUCUCUCUCUCUCUCUCUCUCUCUCUCUCUCUCCAUUUCAAUUCUUUCUUUUUUUUUUUUUUUUUCUUCUUUCUUUAUUUUUAUUUUAUUCCCCCCGUCCUCUCUCUCUCUCUCUCUCUCUCUCUCUCUCUCGUUUCAAAUGUAAUUUUUAUCUCCUUUUUCUUUGUUUUCUUUAUCUUUUCUUUUCCUUCUUUUUUUAUUUUAUUCCCCCUCUCUCUGUCUCUCUCUCCCUCCCUUUCUCCUUCUAAUUCUUCUUUGUUUUGUCUUUAUUUUUUCUCUUUAUUUCUUCUUUUGUUUAUUUUAUUCUCCCCUCUCUCUCCCUCUCUCUCUCCCUCUCUCUCUCUCACACACACACUCUGUCUCCCCCGUUUCAAUUCUAAUUCUUUUUCUUUUUUCUUCGUUUUUUCACUUUUUUCUUCUUUCUUUUUUAUUUUAUUCCCCCCUCUCUCUCUCUUUCUCUCUCUCUUUCUCUCUCUCUCUCUUUCUCUCUCUCUCGUUUCAAAUGUAAUUUUUAUCUCUCUUUUCUUUGUUUUCUUUAUCUUUUCUUUUCCUUCUUUAUUUCUAUUUUAUUCUCUCCCCCCUCCCCCUCCUCCCCCUCUCUCUCUCUCUCUCUCUCUCUUCUUACUUUUUACUUUUCUUCGACUGUGGUACCCGGCGCUUGUAGCAAGACCGAUUCAAAAAACCAAAAAAGAAAGGAAAAUCUGGCCCCAGUCCAAUCAGGCGCGUGAUUCGCUGCCGAGUUAUAAGAGUGCAGCUGCAAACUUUAAGGGUUGCUUAACAAGUUCCUGUGAACAAUUUGGGGAACAGCGGACAGGUGGAGAGUAA